AAUGAAUAAUAAUAAUAAUUUUGGAAAAAACAAUUUGCGACACAAACAAGGACAACGACAGCAAAAGCCCACUCGUCAAAAUUCCAACCGGGAAAAAAAUCAUAAGAUAAUCCGCGCAUUCAACAUACAAUUUCUUCUUUUGCGAAGUACCGGCGGUAAUCACACAAUCCGCCUCUGGUUGACGGCAUUUGGGAUCGAUGGAUCCCGUCGAAGAACCGCCCGAGGGGACGGUGCAGAACAUUAUGGAGCAGGAGACGCUCAAGUGGGUGUUCGUCGGCGGCAAAGGCGGCGUUGGAAAGACGACGUGCAGCUCGAUUCUGGCCAUCUUGCUCGCGAGGGUGAGAUCCUCCGUGCUCAUAAUCUCCACCGACCCCGCCCAUAACCUUAGCGACGCAUUCCAGCAGAGGUUCACGAAAAGCCCCACCCUUGUCACCGGAUUUUCAAAUUUGUACGCUAUGGAAGUUGAUCCCAACGUGGAAAAUGAUGAGAGUGGUGGUUCAGAUACUGAUGGAUUUAUGUCAGAUUUAACAAAUUCUAUCCCAGGCAUUGACGAGGCUAUGAGUUUUGCAGAAAUGCUCAAGCUAGUGCAAACUAUGGACUAUUCCGUUAUAGUGUUUGACACAGCUCCAACUGGUCAUACACUUCGCCUGUUACAGUUUCCUUCGACAUUAGAAAAAGGAAUUUCAAAGAUGAUGAGCUUGAAGAACAAGUUCGGUGGAUUGUUUAGCCAGUUGACUCGCCUCUUUGGUGUUGGUGAUGAUUUUGGUGAAGAUGAUAUAUUGGGAAAGCUUGAAGGCAUGAAGGAUGUGAUUGAACAAGUGAACAAUCAGUUUAAGGAUCCUGAUUUGACGACUUUCAUCUGUGUUUGCAUUCCCGAGUUCCUGUCUUUGUAUGAAACUGAACGACUGGUUCAGGAGCUCAGUAGAUUUGAGAUUGAUACCCAUAAUAUCAUAAUUAACCAAGUGAUUUUUGAUGAAGAAGUUGUUGCGUCAAAGUUACUCAAAGCUAGAAUGCAAAUGCAACAAAAGUACCUGGACCAGUUUUACGUGCUAUAUGAUGAUUUUCACAUUACUAAGUUGCCGUUGCUGCCUCAGGAGGUUUGUGGAAUAGACGCAUUAAAAGCAUUUUCUCACCACUUUUUGACGCCUUAUCAACCAUCCAUUGAUCGAGGGACGGUAGAAGAAUUGGAGCAGAGAGUAUCAACACUAAAAGACCAGCUGACAGAUGCUGAAUCCGAGCUUGAGAGACUUAAAAAAGGGAAAGAAAAAGUGUGACCUUAUGCAGAAAAAUAGAGUAAGAUGCUGGCCGAGCCGGUUCAUGACCCAAUCGUCCUCAACCUCUGCCUCCUUCAAUAGAGUCGUAGCCAAAAUAGCCGGUUUUGUUUCCUAUUCAACUUUUUACAGAGGGUAUCACUAUGUGUAGUUGAUUUAAUUUUACCUGGAACAAAAAAUAAUCUAUUCAUGAUAUUUUUACCCCCUUAGAGGGCAAUAAAUGAGGAGUUCGAUCUCAAAUCUGAUUCUAUCAAAUUGGGACAUCUUACUCAAAUCUGAUUCUAUUCAUCCGAGAUGAUUAGCUUUACA